AUGGCUGCCUCUGCAGAUCGUCGUGAAAUCGUUGUUAUCGGCGGUGGUAUCAUUGGAUGCUGCUCAGCAUACUUCCUCACAAGACACCCCUCCUACGACCCAACCCGUCACAAAAUCACCCUCCUCGAAGCCACCGAGAUAGCUGGCGGUGCAUCUGGCAAAGCCGGCGGAUUACUCGCGCAAUGGGCCUAUCCGAACAACCUCGUAGACCUAAGCUACCCCCUCCACGCCCAACUCGCCAAAGAACACUCCGGCAAAACGAGAUGGGGCUACCGCGAAACAAACUGCGGCCAAAUCGUCGUCCGCGGCCGCGCAAUGACCAACAGACCCGCCAAUAAACCGCCCAGCGAAUCCCUACAGAAGCGCAGCACGGCCGCAAUGUCGAAACUCAACUCCUCCAACACCCCCGAUGAUCUAGACUGGAUAGAGCCGGAUCUUAUGCGCGCCUACGAGAGUAUGAGCGGGCCUGGCGAAACCGCCCAGGUCCACCCGUACCUCUUCACGACGUCCAUGGCCAAACUGGCAGAGGAGAAAGGCGCGGAGAUUAUCCUGGGCCAAGUUACGAAUGUUGCGCGGCCGGAUGGCGCGGUCGAGUCUGUCACUUAUACCGACAAGGCCUCCGGAGAAACACGCACGAUUCCCGCAACGGAUGUCAUUGUCGCUGCGGGACCUUGGACGAGCAAAGUCCUCCCCGAAGCGCCCAUUGCAGCGAUGCGUGCGCACAGCGUUGUGAUCCGGCCAACGAGGCCGGUUAGUGCGUAUGCGCUUUUUACGAAUAUCGAGCUGCCGGCUAAUUUUAACCCGGGUGUUGAGUCGCGGGCUACGGCGGCGGCGCCGGAGAUUUAUGCGCGUCCUGACGAUACGGUAUAUGCUUGUGGGGAUGGCGAUAAGAUUGUUCCUCUGCCUGCGACGUCUGCGGAGGUAGAGGUUGACCAGGAAAGAUGUCAGGAGAUUAUUGAUCAUGUUGGGAGUAUUUCUAAUGAGUUGCGGGAUGGGACGGUUCAGGUUCGACAGGCUUGUUACUUGCCUAAUAGUACUGGGUUUGGUGGACCCUUGGUUGGAUUGACUCAUGAUAAGGGAUUGUAUCUUGCUUCUGGACAUACAUGCUGGGGUAUUCAGAAUGGUCCUGGUACGGGCAAGCUCAUGAUUGCUGUACAAGCUCCGCCUGCAACUCUGUCAACUCUCCGAAAGUCCAUUGAUGCCAGUGCAAAGAUGCGACAUUUCGGUUUCUCCCUACUGACAUCGGUCCUAUACGCGACCGGGAUCUCAGCAAACGAUCCCAGCGAUGCCUCCAUCCUAAUCAAUGAGGCCGCCCGCGCCAACAACAAUUCGCUGCUAUGGGGCCCCUACAAGUCCAACCUGUACUUCGGAGUACGCCCUCGCAUUGCAAACAGUCUAGCUGCUGGAUUGAUGUGGGCCAAGGUCGAUGACUUUGCAACCGCGCAGCAGAACUUUAGACACACCUGCGAACAAAAUGAAGGCAUGGCUGGCUAUGGCUGGGACGAAUACGAUGUGAGGAAGGGUGGAAGAGAGACCAUCCACGAUGCUGGGAACAGUCUGGACCUCACGAUCGAUUUCGUCAAGGUUCCUGGCGGCCAGCAUGGUGGUAGCUGGGGAUUCCGCGUGAAGGGAACCCCUCGCGAAGACGGUAGCCCUGACCAGCCCACAUCGAUGAUUUUCUACACGACCCUUGAAGGACUCGGUGAAGUGGGCGUUGAUAUGAACACUGCUUCCUCGAGCUCCCCGCUUGACGGCGACUUGAAAUUCAACGGUUAUUCCUCGGAGCUAGGCGACUUCUCCAUCGAUGUCACCUCUGGCCCGGAGAGCAAUGAGUAUUUCAGCCAUGACCACCCUACCUAUGACGAGAAGCCAUUGGGGCACGGCAUCGUUUCAAGUGCGACUAUGCCGCCACAGGCUCUCUGGCAAGCUAAGGGCAUUCUGUUCACUCAAAUGAAGGGCGAGGUUGAGAAAACCAUUGAACAGCAUGGAACGGAUAACCCCCCCUCCUCCGGCACAGCUAAGGUCUUCACUGGGGCAUUCGAGUUUGACGUUCUUUUCUCUUCUGGUUCGGCCUCUGAGCCCAUGACUUCGGAGAUCAUCACCAAGGAGCUCGAGAAUGCUUCCCUUUCGUUUUCGCAGAGAUUCAAGGAAGUUCUGGAACCAAAGGCGCCCUUCAAGUCGGAAGAGUAUUCGAAGUUUUCCAAGGCUAUGCUUUCAAACUUGAUUGGUGGUGUUGGAUUCUUCCACGGCGACGAUCUCGUCGACCGCUCUGCCUCUCCUGCUUAUGACGAGGAAAACGAGGGCUUCUGGGAGGAGACUGCCGAGGCGAGGGCUGCCGCACAGCCUGUCCUCGAGGGCCCCAAGGACCUCUUUACCUGUGUUCCUUCCCGGCCAUUCUUCCCUCGAGGAUUCCUCUGGGACGAGGGUUUCCACCUGAUGCCUGUCAUGGAGUAUGACUCUGAUCUUGCUCUCGAGAUCAUCAAGAGUUGGUUCCAUCUGAUGGAUGAGGACGGAUGGAUCGCUCGUGAGCAGAUCCUGGGCCAGGAAGCUCGCAGCAAGGUCCCGCAAGAAUUCACGAUCCAAUAUCCCCACUACGCCAACCCACCUACUCUUUUCAUGGCCCUGGAAGCUUUCAUGGACAAAUCGAGAACUAACAAGAACAAGAGCGACGAGUCGGGAUCUCUUGAUAUUCCAGAUGUGGCAGAGAACCUCCGCACCGCGACCCUGCGAAACCCCGAACUGUCUGAAGCCUACCUCCGCUCCUUCUACCCCCUGAUGAAGAGACAUUACAACUGGUUCCGCAACACCCAGCGCGGCGAUAUCAAAUCGUACGACCGUGAAGCAUUCUCGACCAAGGAAGCCUACCGCUGGCGCGGCCGCUCUGAGCAGCAUAUCCUGACCUCCGGUAUCGACGACUACCCGCGCGCCCAGCCUCCUCACCCCGGUGAGCUGCACGUGGAUCUGAUCAGCUGGAUGGGUAUGAUGACCCGUACUCUGCGCCGUAUUGCCGAGACCCUGGGCGAGCAAGAGGACGCGGAGGAAUUCGCCUACUACGAGAACGCCAUCACACGCAACAUCGACGACCUGCACUGGAACGAGAAGGAGCAGACCUUCUGCGACGCUACUAUCGAUGAAUUCGAGGAGAGCGUUCACGUCUGCCACAAGGGUUAUAUCUCUAUCUUCCCUUUCCUCACUGGCAUGCUUGGACCCGAUAGUCCCCGUCUCAAGGCUGUGCUGGACCUCAUCAAUGACCCCGAAGAGUUGUGGAGUGACUAUGGUAUUCGCAGUUUGAGCAAGAAGGACAAGUUCUACGGUACUGAGGAGAAUUACUGGAGAAGCCCGAUCUGGAUGCCUAUCAACUAUCUGGUAUUGAAGAAUCUCUACGACACCGCCAUCACGCAGGGUCCCCACCAGGAGCAAGCGCGGGAGAUGUACUCCCAGCUGCGCAAGAACCUGGUCCAAAACAUUUUCAAGGAGUGGAAGGAGACUGGUUUCGCCUGGGAACAGUAUAAUCCCGACACGGGUAAGGGACAGCGAACGCAGCACUUUACCGGCUGGACCAGUAUGGUGGUGAACAUGAUGUCGAUGCCGGAUCUCAGCGAGAGCGCAAGCGGACACGCGUCUGAGUCGCACGACGAGCUUUAG